AUGGAGCAACCCCCCGAAUGCUGGAGCACCCCCCAAUGCUGGAGCAACUCCCCUAGUGCUGGAGCAACUCCCCCCAAUGCUGGAGCAACCCCCGAAUGCUGGAACAUCCCUCAAUGCUGGAGCAACUCCCCCCCAAAUGCUGGAGCAACUCCCCCCUCAAUGCUGGAGCAAAUCCCCCAAUGCUGGAGCAACUCCCCCCCCCCUAAUGCUGGAGCAACUCCCCCAAUGCUGGAGCAACCCCCUAAUGCUGGAGCAACUCCCCCUAAAUCUGAAGCAACUCCCCCCAAUGCUGAAGCAAUCCCCCCAAUGCUGGAGUAA